UCACAAAAUCAAAAUUUUAUAUUAAAUAGAUAGACUUGUAUAUAGAUGUUCAAAGAAGACAUUAAAUAUAAAUAUAUUACAACAAAAGUUAUUUUCAAUAUUAACAAAUAUUAGUAUAUUUAUCUAGUCUGUUUUAAUGAAUACACAUUGAGCAAUAUCUUUCUGUUGCUGUAGUAUUACUAACUAUAAUAACUGAGAUAGAAGUUGUUUCACAUAUCAAAAAUAUUAUGAUUUAUAUUGUCUUUAUAUAAGUUUAUGAAAGGCACAAAUAAUGAUCUUUUAGUAUAUACAAUCGGCUAAUUAUAAUCAGAUCUAAAUUAGUGAAGGUACAGAUUAUAUGUUGCUUGCACAGUUAUUUUCUAAAAUAUUUGGGUUCAAAAUAUUUAUCUCAGUUAUUAUAACAGUUAAUAGAUCUAAAAAUUUUUCAUGCUUAGAUUGUGGAAGGGUUAAGAAAUAAAUAAGACAGACUGGCUUGAGUGAAAAGAGUGAAUGUGAUUCUUUCAAAUAAAUACUAAUGUUUACAUUUUUUUCCAAUCUUAGUGACGGUCUGCACAUUUGGAAUCAUCUGCUUACCGAGGAUACUAUGUCGAAGAUGGCUAAAGUAUUUUUCGAUGUGGAAGACAUGAGCAGGACAGUGCUCCCUAUGGCACCAAAUUUUCACGUGGUAAGACGCCAGACAUCGGUUCUAGGACAUAUACCGUGAUUAUGCGGGAACAGUUAUUGAAAGGAGAAGAAACUGAGUUAAGAAAAAAAUUAGCAGAAAAAGCCAAAGAGGGAACAUUGAAAGCAAAUGGUGAACCUAAACCUGCACCUAAGAAAAGAGGUCGUUGGGACCAAACAGAUGAUGCUCCAACACCUAAGAAACCAUCUGGUACAACUGCAACACCAACAUCAUGGGACAAUGCAGAUGUAACACCUGCUGCAAUUAGGUGGGAUGAAACGCCUGGUCAUGGUAAAGGUGGAGAAACUCCUGGUGCAACACCAGGUGUAAGUACAAGAAUGUGGGAUGCUACUCCAGGACACGCAACACCUGGUGCAGCUACUCCUGGUAGAGAAACUCCUUCUCAUGAAAAAACUGUUUCAAGUCGUAGAAAUCGUUGGGAUGAGACACCAAAAACUGAACGUGAAACACCUGGUCAUAGCAGUGGUUGGGCAGAGACUCCAAGAACAGAUCGAGUUGCAGGAGAUUUAAUUCAGGAGACACCAACACCUUCUGCUAGCAAACGUCGAAGUCGAUGGGAUGAAACACCUUCGAAUCAGACACCUGGGUCUAUGACGCCACAAACUCCAGCAACUCCUCUUACUACACCACAUCAAACUUCAAUUUUAACACCUAGUGGUGUAACACCAACAGGACCCAAAGCUAUGGGAUUGGCAACUCCAACACCAGGACAUUUAAUGUCAAUGACACCAGAACAGCUUCAAGCAUAUCGUUGGGAACGAGAAAUCGAUGAGAGAAAUAGACCACUCUCAGAUGAUGAACUGGAUGCCCUGUUCCCACCUGGAUACAAAGUUUUGCAACCACCUGCGGGAUAUAUUCCAAUUCGCACACCUGCAAGGAAGCUCACUGCUACACCGACGCCUAUUGCGGGCACACCACAAGGAUUUUUCAUUCAAACUGAGGAUAAAACUGCGAAAUUCGUAGACAAUCAACCAAAAGGAAAUUUGCCUUUUAUGAAACCAGAAGACGCACAAUAUUUUGAUAAGUUAUUAGUCGAUGUUGAUGAAGAAACGCUUAGUCCUGAAGAACAAAAAGAGAGAAAAAUAAUGAAGCUGCUAUUAAAAAUUAAAAAUGGCACACCACCAAUGAGGAAAGCUGCUCUAAGACAAAUUACAGAUAAAGCAAGAGAAUUUGGCGCAGGUCCUUUAUUUAAUCAGAUACUCCCUCUUCUUAUGUCUCCUACACUUGAAGAUCAAGAACGGCAUCUUCUUGUGAAAGUUAUUGAUCGUAUUCUUUAUAAACUGGAUGAUUUGGUCAGACCCUACGUACAUAAGAUUUUGGUCGUUAUUGAACCUUUACUUAUUGAUGAAGAUUACUAUGCUCGUGUCGAAGGUAGAGAAAUUAUCUCUAAUUUGGCUAAAGCAGCUGGUUUAGCAACGAUGAUCUCGACUAUGAGACCAGAUAUUGACAAUAUUGAUGAAUACGUUCGUAACACGACAGCCAGAGCAUUCGCUGUAGUCGCAUCAGCUCUAGGAAUUCCUUCUUUGCUUCCAUUUCUUAAAGCCGUGUGUCGCAGUAAAAAGUCAUGGCAAGCUCGUCACACGGGUAUCAAAAUUGUACAACAGAUUGCUAUUCUUAUGGGAUGUGCUAUAUUACCACAUUUGAAGAGUUUGGUUGAAAUUAUAGAACAUGGUCUCGUGGAUGAGCAACAGAAAGUUCGUACUAUCACUGCUUUAGCAAUUGCUGCAUUGGCAGAAGCAGCCACACCAUAUGGUAUCGAGAGCUUUGACUCUGUUCUAAAACCGCUUUGGAAAGGUAUUCGUACACAUAGAGGAAAAGGUCUUGCUGCAUUCUUAAAGGCUAUUGGUUAUUUAAUUCCUCUUAUGGACGCCGAAUAUGCCAAUUAUUAUACUCGUGAGGUGAUGUUAAUUCUUAUUCGUGAAUUCCAGUCUCCUGAUGAAGAAAUGAAAAAGAUUGUUCUGAAAGUAGUGAAACAAUGUUGUGGAACAGAUGGUGUCGAAGCACAAUAUAUUAAAGAUGAAAUCCUCCCACAUUUCUUCAAACAUUUUUGGAACCAUCGAAUGGCUUUAGAUCGUAGAAAUUACAGACAACUUGUUGACACGACUGUAGAAAUUGCAAAUAAAGUUGGUGCAUCAGAAAUUAUAAAUCGUGUGGUAGACGAUUUAAAAGAUGAAAACGAACAGUAUAGGAAGAUGGUUAUGGAAACCAUUGAGAAAAUAAUGGGAAAUUUGGGAGCCGCGGAUGUUGAUUCUCGUUUGGAAGAACAACUCAUUGACGGUAUUUUAUAUGCUUUCCAGGAACAAACAACAGAGGAUGUUGUAAUGUUAAAUGGUUUUGGAACUAUUGUGAAUACAUUAGGAAAAAGAGUGAAAGCAUACCUCCCACAAAUUUGUGGAACAAUUUUGUGGAGAUUGAACAAUAAAUCUGCAAAAGUAAGACAACAAGCUGCCGACUUGAUAUCACGAAUUGCCGUUGUCAUGAAAACUUGUCAAGAGGAAAAACUAAUGGGUCAUUUAGGUGUCGUUCUUUAUGAAUAUUUAGGAGAAGAGUACCCUGAGGUAUUAGGAAGCAUUUUGGGCGCAUUGAAAGCUAUUGUAAAUGUCAUAGGAAUGACAAAAAUGACACCACCUAUUAAAGACUUACUACCACGUCUUACUCCUAUUCUGAAGAACAGGCAUGAAAAGGUACAAGAAAAUUGUAUUGAUCUCGUAGGUAGAAUCGCAGACAGAGGACCCGAGUAUGUAUCUGCCAGAGAAUGGAUGAGAAUAUGCUUCGAACUUUUAGAAUUGCUCAAAGCUCACAAGAAAGCGAUUCGAAGAGCUACAGUAAAUACAUUUGGUUAUAUUGCCAAAGCAAUAGGACCUCAUGAUGUAUUAGCAACCCUCUUGAAUAACUUAAAGGUACAGGAACGUCAAAAUCGUGUAUGCACUACAGUGGCUAUAGCUAUUGUAGCUGAAACCUGUAGUCCAUUUACGGUUCUUCCUGCUUUGAUGAAUGAGUAUAGAGUACCAGAACUAAACGUACAAAAUGGUGUAUUAAAGUCUUUAUCCUUUUUGUUUGAAUAUAUUGGAGAAAUGGGAAAAGAUUACAUUUACGCUGUUAGCCCACUAUUAGAAGAUGCGCUCAUGGACAGAGAUUUAGUGCACAGGCAAACUGCAUGUGCUGCUAUUAAACACAUGGCAUUGGGUGUUUACGGAUUUGGUUGUGAAGACGCAUUGAUACAUUUAUUGAAUCACGUAUGGCCCAAUGUUUUUGAAACUUCACCUCACUUGGUGCAAGCAUUUAUGGACGCUGUAGAUGGUUUACGUGUUGCUCUUGGGCCAAUUAAAAUACUACAAUACACUUUGCAGGGAUUGUUCCAUCCGGCACGAAAAGUACGAGAUGUAUAUUGGAAAAUUUAUAAUUCUCUUUAUAUAGGUGGACAAGAUGCUCUUGUAGCUGGUUAUCCUCGAAUUAUGAAUGAUCCAAAGAAUCAGUAUAUUAGAUACGAAUUGGACUAUGUUUUGUAAUGAUUUUAAAGUAUAUGUAAGAGAUGUUGUAUCAUACAUUUAUAUAAUCUCCGUAGAAAUUAGCAUCCUUCGCUUAUUAUUGUUUAUAAACCAGCUAAAAUAAUUGUAUGUUCUUAAAUGUGACGCAAAAGAUAUAGACAACAGUAUUUAUUU